GCUUAGAGAGCUCGGUCAGUUCGAUCUGCUGUUCUCGUCUGGCGAUUCUACAAUUAACAUUAAGUUGGUGUUGUUUUUUUUCUCCCAUUUCGAUCAAGUCUAAAUGACUUACGACGGUGUUGCUGUAAUCAAAAACAACAUUGACGAUGCCCUGAAGGUUGACGACGACGAAGUUUACUCAAGUGAAAAACGGUUGGAACUGGAAACCUCGCUAGGAGAGAAUUACCUCACUGGCCGGUGGUGGUUGAACAUGGGUGAAGAUUAAAGUGUUAGAUUACAAGUUCGAAUCGUGCGAAUAUCGUCAACAUUGCAGCUCAAUUGUGCAAGGGUGAGAAUUCAAGCAGUCGGUUUCUUUAUCUGAAACUUCGCGUUCCAACGCAAGAAUGACCUUCGAGGAGAGGAUGAUGCUAACGAUGAUCACUUUACUAGGAAGGAACGCAACAAUAUGAUGGAUUAUUUUCGUAAGGUACCGCUGCUGAUACUGUUGGCGGUGACCGUUGCCAGAUUCUGUGAGGGCAACGACGAAGGAUUAUUUGAGCCCGUGGAAGGUAUCUGCGAUCGAUGUACCUGCGUAAUUAGCAACCAAAGCAGCUCCCAGCAGCAUGACUAUUCUCUGCUCGAUUGUUCAACGAAAAACCUGCAGCACAUGCUGGUCAGCUGGCCGGAACCAUUCGCUAGUUUGCAGGCCGGGCAAGAGAUCGUUUUCUCACUUUCGGGAAACAAUAUCAACGUACUGCGACAGCUACCGGCCACCGAGGCGGAUUUGGUAUUCAGUUGUCGACAUUGCAAUUUGAGCGAACUGAAUGGAGGAGUUUUCAUCGAUUCACCAAGUGUAAUCCGACUGGAUCUGAGCUGGAACCGGCUAACGGGGGAAGACUUGCGGCCGGAUGUCUUCCGUGGUCGCUAUGCCGAGCAGGUAUACGAAUCGAUUGCACUGGAUGAGUUGGAUCUGAGUUACAACGUGAUCGAGUACCUUGAUGAGAUGCUCUUCGAGCACAUGGUUCACUUGCGUAGAUUGUCGCUUGCCCACAAUCCAAUUGAGGAACUUACCGAAGGAACAGCGAUCGCCAUAGGAUCGAUCCGGCAAUUGGAGCAUCUGGAUCUGUCCUACACCGAACUGGAGGACAUUCCUGGCAGGGUGUUCCAGAAAAUCAGUAACCUAAGGGAGCUGUUGAUUCACGGGAAUCGUUUUACGACCGUCCCCGGUUCAAUUGCACUGUUAAAACCGACGCUGAUUUCGCUAUAUAUCGGCGAGAAUCCCAUUCAAAUGCUGAACGAUGAAAGUUUCUUCGAUCUUGAUAAACUAACGCAUUUAAACAUCAGUGGAAUGGCUCAAUUGAAGGACAUUGAUACAGGAACGUUUACUGGUUUAAAAUCGUUGGAGGUUCUAACGUGCAGCAACAAUCCCAAGUUGAACGAAUUUGAUCUGAGCGAUUUGAAAGGAUUACUGCGACUGCGACAGUUGGACCUUUCUAACUGCGGUCUGCAGCAUCUCCGACUGGACGAAACAAUACCGGAACAUGACGAUAGUUCCGACAUUGCCCACAUCGAUGUUUUCCCUAAGUUACGUACGGUUCGACUGGAGGGCAACCCGUGGCACUGCGAUUGCCAAAUGUACGGGUCAGUGGAGUCCAUCCGACACAUUCUACAGGACGAGUUUUACACGGCUGGAGCGGAAGAGGCCCGUUGCGAGACCCCAUCCGACUUGACAGCCCUGCCAAUAACGGAGCUAGGCGAAAAAUCACUCUGUCGGGCUCCGUCGAAAAAAGUUCCUAAAAUACCGAUAUACGAGCCGCCACCAUUCCUACGGCCACGUUCGAUUGUGCUUUCUAUCCUCUCGGUGGGAGUGGUACUGCUGAUCGGGGCCAUCAUCGGGUUUAUCAUCGUUUGCAUUAAGCGUAAGCUGAAGAACAGCGAGUUCGGAUUCACCACUUCGCCCGUAAGGUACACGACAGUGCGGAACAGCACCACGUCGGCAAUUUUGCAACAAGCUUGAGUUAAAUAUUAUGAGUCGUUAGAUUUUUGUCCAACAAUUUGUUCCUUCUAGUCUGAUUUUAGUACGUAAAUUAGCUGUUAAGAUGAUUUCUUAAAAUAAAAACUUAUUUGAGUUUAUUCA